UUUCGUCCUUUUUGUCCUGCGAUGCGUUUCCUUAAUCCGCUCGUCUAGCCGCGGUUCUCAUGACGAUGGGAGACGUUAUCUGCGAAGAACUGGAGGAUCUAGUGCACUUUUCCGUCCACGACCUGCCGGGUCGUGGAUACGCCGUCAUGGAGGAGAUCCGACGGCAGGGCAAACUCUGUGAUGUCACGCUCAAGGUUGGUGACCAUAAGUUCAGCGCCCACAGGAUCGUCCUGGCAGCUUCGAUCCCCUAUUUCCACGCUAUGUUCACCAACGACAUGGUAGAGUGUAAACAGGAUGAGAUCGUCAUGCAGGGAAUGGACCCCAGUGCGCUGGAGGCUCUGAUCAACUUUGCAUAUAACGGCCACAUUGCCAUCGACCAGCAGAACGUCCAAUCUCUGCUGAUAGGAGCAAGUUUCCUUCAGCUGCAGAAUGUUAAAGAUGCCUGCUGCUCCUUCCUCCAAGAGAGGUUACAUCCUAAAAACUGCCUGGGAGUCCGGCAGUUUGCAGAGACCAUGAUGUGCACCACUCUGUAUGACUCGGCCAACAGCUUCGUCUACCAGCACUUUGUGGAGGUGUCGCUAUCGGAGGAGUUCCUCAGCCUCAGUGCAGAGGAGGUGUUGGAGCUCAUUGGCUGUGAUGAACUCAACAUCAAAGCAGAGGAACAGGUGUUCGAUGCAGUUCUGGCAUGGGUCCGUAAUGACCGAGAGGAGCGGGAGGUUCUCUUACCAGAGCUGCUUUCUAAGAUCCGACUUCCUCUGUGCCGACCUCAGUUCCUGUCAGACCAUGUACAGCAGGAUGAGCUGGUCCGCUGCUGCCAUAAGUGCAGAGAUCUGGUUGAUGAAGCUAAAGAUUUCCACCUGAUGCCUGAGCGCCGGCCUCAUCUGCCUGCAUUCAAAACUCGCCAGCGAUGCUGCACAUCCAUCUCAGGACUCAUCUAUGCUGUUGGGGGGCUCAACACUUCUGGUGACUCAUUAAAUGUAGUUGAAGUGUUUGAUCCAGUUGGAAACUUUUGGGAGCGAUGCCAGCCAAUGAGAACAGCUCGAAGCAGAGUAGGCGUGGCUGUUGUCAAUGGGCUGCUGUAUGCCAUUGGUGGCUACGAUGGCCAAUCACGACUCAGCACUGUGGAGGUUUAUAACCCCGAGACAGACACUUGGAUCCAAGUUUCUAGUAUGAGCAGUCAGCGCAGUGCCAUGGGAACGGUUGUGAUUGACGGCCAUAUAUAUGUGUGCGGCGGCUAUGACGGCAAGUCCUCUCUGAGCUCAGUAGAAUGCUACUCUCCAGAAACUGACAGGUGGACGGUAGUGACAGAGAUGAGCGCCAGUAGGAGUGCAGCAGGGGUGACCGUCUUCGAUGGAAGAGUCUUUGUCUCUGGCGGCCAUGAUGGUUUACAAAUCUUCAACACGGUGGAGUAUUACAACCACCACACAGACCGGUGGCACCCUGUUGCAGGGAUGAUAAACAAACGGUGUCGCCACGGUGCUGCAGCGCUGGGCAGCCACAUGUAUGUGGUGGGAGGUUAUGACGGGUCAGGCUUCCUCAGUGGUGCGGAAGUUUACAGCUCUGUGACUGGACAGUGGAGCCACCUGGUGGCCAUGAACACACGCCGCAGCCGGGUGUCACUUGUGGCCACCUCAGGCAGACUGUAUGCUGUGGGCGGGUACGACGGCCAAUCCAACCUCAGCUCUGUAGAGGUUUACAAUCCUGAGACCAACCACUGGAUGUUCAUGGCCCCCAUGGUUUGCCACGAGGGAGGAGUAGGGGUGGGGUGCAUACCUCUCCACCCAGUCUAACCCCCGGGAUGAUGAGAUUCUGAUGGGCCUGGGAGACAGGAUGAGAUAUCUCUCCUGUAGUUUUACUUAUCUUCAUCUCAGCAGGUACUAUGGUUGGUCUGACCCCCAGACAGACUCUACAGCUUGAGAGAAAGACUCUGCUCAGAGGCAGAAUGAAGCCAGUGGGAUUAUGGGUAAAGGCUCUUCUGCUCACCUUUGGGGAACUUGUUUGUGUACUGCUCUUAGCAACUGUGUAAAUGUGUGGACUGAUCAAUCAAUUAUUAAAUGUUGAUUUUAUACUUGAUUCUAAAAGCUCAGAUAUAA